AUGGCCGAAACUACUAGUAUCCACAAGAAAGAAACCAUGCGUUCCGUCAUUUUCGACGGGCAGCCGUACGAAGUUAAUGUGCGCAGCAUUCCAAAGGCAAGCAUCGUCAAGGAAACAGACGCUGUGGUACGCGUUACAACGGCGGCAAUCUGUGGCUCCGAUCUCCACAACUACCACGGCGUUUUCGGCAGUAACAAGGUUCCUUACUCUCUUGGGCAUGAGGCUAUGGGAAUUGUGGAGCGAGUCGGAUCUGCUGUGGAGAUCGUGAAGGUUGGGGAUCGAGUCCUCAUUCCAGACUGUCCCGAUACUGGCUUGCUGGAUGUCGAGCCAGAGAUAAUACCCCCAAUAAGUGUUUAUGGACAGGGCGAGGAUUUUGGGGUUUUGGGAGGUUGUCAGUCCGAAUUUGUUCGAGUCCCCGUCGCAGAUAAAUCUUUGAUUAUCCUUGGCGAAGAGCAUGAAAAUAUAGAAGAUAAAGACUUCCUAGUUCUCACCGAUAUUUUCCCCACUGCCUGGGUCGGAGUGACCUGGUCCGGCUUUGAGGCAGGGGAUACGGUGGCUAUCUUCGGCGCCGGCCCUGUCGGCCUUCUCGCCGCGUAUUCUGCCCUUCUCCGGGGUGCAUCUCGCGUCUAUGUCGUCGAUCAUGUUGAAGAGCGCCUCGAAGCCGCAGCCUCUAUCGGGGCUAUUCCGAUCAACUUUACCAAAGGCGAACCAUCGGCACAGAUCCUUGCCCGGGAACCGGACGGUGUCCAACGCACGGUGGACUGUGUUGGAGAGGAAUGCCUCAACAGCAAACUCAAACAUGAACAAGCAUUCGUCGUGACACAGGCAAUCAAGUGUACGAGUGUGGGUGGUGGUGUCGGCGUGAUUGGAGUGCACUUCGCCCUACCGACAUCCAACGGCGUGAAGCGGGGAAACACCAUUUCACCCACGAUGGAUUUCCCCAUGACAGUUUUCUGGGAGAAGAACUUGACGCUGCGCGGGGGUACGGUGGACAGCAAACUAUUCGUUGAGCCGUUGCUUGAACUCGUGAAAAAUGGCCGAGCCAAGCCUGGCUUUGUUUUCUCUUCCACGAUUGAUAUUGAACAGGCACCCGCGGCAUACCGUCGCUUUGAUGAUAAAUUGGAGACUAAGGUUAUGAUUAAAUUCCCUCGCCCCGGAAAAGAAAAUGGCCAUGUUGCAGCAGAGACUCCGGAGAAUGGAGAGACUGAAAACGGGGCGAAUUUACACGGGUAA